UGUUCACUCUGAUUUUUAAUCUGAGAGGGACAACAAUAGCACAAGGUUGGUCUUACAACUACUGGGUCGGCGCAAACUGAUACAUCUUUGACAGUAAAUGUGUGUCGCUUAAGUGUUUUAAUCAGCGAAGAUCGAAUAUCAACACAUCAAGCUUCUGUAAGAUAUAUAGCGUGCACUUAUCUGCAGAUAAGAUACAAGGCCCCGGGGUAGCCAGGCAUGACUCGCAAAUCAGGCAUCCGGAUCGGUACAAAAUAGUUCUAGUCUGUGUAUAGUGGUUGGUCGUAUAAAUGUUUGCUAUGAAGAUUAGAUGGAGGAUCAACAACCAAUCUCUGUAGACCUGAAUCCCAUCAGCCUACCAAUACCCGGCUGUCUCCUCCGCUGUGACGUCAUCAAUGAGGACCCGACCCCCGUGACCCUCCCCCCGAAGUUUCUGAGGGUGAGCAGGGACUGGACAGACGAAGAGCCACAGGACAGUACCGAGUCCCGGGGGAGAGAUAUUUUAUCAGCGCUCGAGUGGGUCAGGCAGCAAAUGGUGAUCCUGAGAAAAGAUGACAUCAAACUACUGAGGCGGUUCCUUGAUCUUCACGCCACCAUGAUGGAAUUAAAAUGGGUCUACGAGAGCGCAAACUCCGUGUCUGACGCCAGCAGUUAUAACGGAAGUAAUAUGUCACUCGAUGACGUCAUGAAUGCACCAAGGAACUGCUGUUUAACGAGUGACGAACAAGACACACAGUUCAGAGAACGUACAACGUCUUUACUCAUCCCCAGAAAAUCUCGCGUGACGAGAAUUCGAUGGAAAAGUAACGAGAUUAUAUGAUCAAUCAUUAUAUCAUUGUCUUAGACUCUCCUAGAACCCAUUGGGUUAUUCCUACAACCAUCCAAAGAGGCCAAAUGAAUUUUACAACUUAUGCAAAAGUCCGUAAUGUAACAAUACACGCCAAAAGGUCACGUGUAUCAUCUACAUGAUAUAGUGUGGUAAAUGCUUUUGGGGGCGCAGCAAAUAUAAACUACCGAUAUCUGCAUUGCCAUAUUUGUAAAAUGUCUCCCAUGGCUCCAUUCUCUGAGCCAUAACCACAUAGUGAUGAGUUUAGAGAUUUCAUUAAUACCCUCUCCGUUGUUCUCGUACCACGAGGCUUAUAAAAUGUUAAUUUCGAUUUAUGGUUGAUUUGCAACUUAUGUUUGAAAUCAUAUAUAUUUACAAUACUGUAGAUUCCUUAUUUUACGCGAGUACUUAAUUCCGCGAUUCAACGGUUUUCCAUCAAAUCGCGAAUGCCGAAAUUUUAUCAUAGUUUCAUGUAGUUUACAUAUGUCUGAAAAUUAAAAGCGAGAUUUUAAAAUUCGCGAGACGGGCUUCUCGCGAUUUUACGCGGAUAUUAAUUCAUCGCGUUUAAUUAGGAAUUUACAGUAACCAGUUUUCUCGAUGCAAAUUUUUGCACAGGAAUUUACGUUAUUUUAUGAAUUUGCAUAAUGAUUAAUAAAUAAACUGUGCUUUAAGGUUUGUUGCGUACGUAUAUAGAAUGCAAUUUGCAGCCGACAGAAGGUACUAUGAAAUCAAAUAAAAUUGAGUCACUAUGAAUUCCAUUGAUUCCACAGAUUUUGAUUGUAUACUUAUUUUUUUCAUUUCAACACUAAUAAAUAUUCAUUAUUGUU